CAGCGGCUCUAGUAACCAAUGCUCUGAGCAGCACAGAUAUUCUGGCCAAGCCUCCAUUAAUCUCAGUGUGAAAAGAGCAGAGCCCGGCUCUCAGAGCUGCAUGUUUUUCAGGAUCGCACGGUAUGACCCUCUGUUUGCAUGGGAUUGCACAGAUUGCAUAAAGCCACACGGAUAAAUGCUUAUCUUUUAAUUAGUGACUUCAUCGGCUUUGAUAUGUGACAGCGCUGGGACAGACAAUCGUUUCCCAUGAGGUCUUGCUUUGUGCUUGGUUAAAUGAGGAGGACAAACUGUCCACUCGGGAUCAGGCUGCUCCGGCCUCCGACUGUGAUUGGUCAGUUCCACACACUGUUUUUUGGCUCAGUGCGCAUGUUCUUCCUGGGCGUUCUGGGAUUUGCUGUUUACGGCAAUGAGGCGCUUCACUUCAGCUGCGACCCCGACAGGAGGGAGCUCAACCUCUUCUGUUACAAUCAGUUCAGACCUGUAACGCCGCAGGUGUUUUGGGCCCUGCAGCUAGUCACGGUUCUCGUUCCAGGGGCCGUUUUCCAUCUGUAUGCGGCAUAUAAAAACAUAGAUCAAGAGGAUAUUCUGGAACAACCGACAUACACAGUGUUCUACAUCAUUUCCGUACUGUUACGGAUCGUCCUGGAGGUGGCAGCGUUCUGGCUCCAGAGUCGUCUCUUUGGAUUCCUGGUUCAUUCGCUGUACUUCUGUGAUGCCAGUUCACUGGACAAGACGUUCAACUUCACCAGGUGUAUGGUACCCGAGCACUUUGAAAAGACCAUCUUCCUCAGUGCAAUGUACAUUUUCACAAUUAUCACCAUGAUUUUGUGUAUGGCUGAGAUUUUUGAAAUCCUCUGCAGAAGGCUAGGCUAUUUAACACAUCAGUGACAGUAAAAAUAGCACACAAAAGAACGCAGAAGCAUAUAGACGUUUUUCAUCAAACUGCAUGAUUGCAUGCCUUCCAUCCAAAUGUUUUGACAUUAUUUUCUACCUCGCUGUGAAACACUAAGAGGCAGGAAUUAAUAUUUGUAAAUAUUUUGCACAAUAAUAAUCUACUGUUCAUUUGACUCAUUCUCUAAAAUAAUCAGUGACUGUUCUUGUAAUGAAACGUCACUGUCCUGUAUAUUAUCGUAGAUGUAUGUUUCAUUACAAAUAUUAAAUGUGCAAU